CGCUAACACAAAACCGAAGCGAACUCCGUCUUAGCCGUCAUUCUACACAUGGCUUUAAAACGGUUUGACACGCUUCGGAGAUUAGAUACAUUUAUAGUUAGUCUGUAGACUGACGAAAAUCCUGAAGUAUAACCGCGACCUCUGAUCGAAAAAAGAAAAACGGUUCCUGGAUUCAUCCGGUUUAAAAAUAAUUCAAAGACGCUACUGCGGAGUUUAAGGUGCUGAAGCACUUCUCACGUGCCAUGAAAGACAUGGACAUCUUCAACAGUACCUCUGCAGAGGAGCCAACACCCAAUCCCGGGAUUGGAACAGGCCUGUCGAGUCCUUAUACCUGCUUUUCUAACCCUCAAGACGAUUUAGACCUGAUUGAAAGCAUCAUCAAGCCAGUGUAUAGUGAGCACCAGGCAGUGACCCUCCCUGGGCCUCCACCUCCACCUCCAGACCUUUUGUCCCAGAGCUCCUGCACCCAGAACCACAGCACCUUCCAGCAGAGCUCCUCAUCAACAUCCCAGCCUUUGCUGGUGCCAAGAGGCUCUGCACCUAAGCCUACAGGGUUCCCUUCCGGAGAGAUGUCAUCAGCUUAUCCAUCCCGGGUAACCCCAUCCGCUGGUCGUGCUCCAGGCUCCUCCUCCUUUAAGACCCCCUAUUACUCUCAGAACCAGGGCGGUGCAGAGACACUGGAACAGCUUCUAGACAAGCCAAAACUAGUGGUGGUGGAGGAGCCCAAAGACAGAGGCAUGAGAUUUCGUUACGAGUGCGAGGGGCGGUCAGCUGGCAGCAUCCUGGGGGCGUCCAGCACCGACACCAACAAGACUCAACCCACAAUAGAGAUUCAAGGGCCUAUCGAUCGCCUAAAGAGGGUCACAGUCACUGUUUCCUUGGUGACCAAAGACCUCCCACAUCGGCCUCACCCCCAUUGCCUUGUGGGUAAAGACUGUCCCGCUGAUUUGGGAAUCUGUGUGGUUUCAUUCAAUCCUCACAGCAACAGACGUCACAGCUUUGCAAAUCUUGGAAUCCAGUGUGUGAGACGGAAAGAGAUAGAAGUUUCACUUGAGAAAAGGAGGCGGCAGAAUAUUGAUCCCUUUCAAACUGGUCACUCAAAGGGCAUCGAAGACAUGGACAUGAAUGCCGUGCGUCUUUGUUUUCAGUGUGAGCUUGAGUGGGAGGACGGCAGGAAAGACUCCCUUGGCCCAGUUAUCUCCAAACCUGUUUAUGACAAGAAGGCUACAACCACAUCAGAGCUGAAGAUCUGCACUCUGAACCAGUACAGAGGCUCCUGCAAGGGCGGCAUGGAGGUCUUCAUGUUGUGCGACAAAGUGCAAAAAGAUGAUAUAGAGAUCCUCUUCAAGCGAGAAUCAUGGAAGGCCAACGGGGAGUUUGCCCAGACAGACGUCCACCGCCAGAUCGCCAUCGUGUUCAAGACUCCACCCUACCAGGACCAAGACAUCAAGGAAGAGGUUGAAGUCAAAGUCGUCCUACGUCGCGUCUCAGACCAGAUGGAGAGCGAGUCUGUCACGUUUACGUACCUGCCGCACAAGUGGGAUGUAUAUGAUGUGAAGCGGAAGAAAGCCACACUAAAGAGAGACAUCAGCUUCUCAGAUAAAUCUUGUGCAACAGAGAGUGCAUCUGCAUCAGACCAUGGCUUCUGUUUCUUCCAGGACAUUAAAACCAUGUCACCUGAUGAAAGGCAACACGGUAACCAGGCCAUGCUGUACAGCGAUCUCGGGGACUCAGACAUUGACGAGGAGACUGUUGCUCAGUUGAUAAACUUGCCUAUAAUUUCCAACAUACUGUCUGAUCCAAACCUUGUCCCAUCCAGCGGCUUUGACCCAGUUCCUGACAUCAACCCCACCUUUUCCUUUGCCUCAUACCCACAAGACUUUGCCCAGUAUAACGACUUCCAGUUCAACAUGCUGGUCAAUGAGAUCCAGAAUCCUCAAUCAGAGCUACAGGAAGGCAUGGUGCAGGUGAAAACAGAAGAGGAACUAUGAAGGGAGGACAGUCAGGGUCGUGUAUAUAGAGGCCAUCUCUUACCUCUGUUGAAAUAAGAGUUGGAACCAGCUUUGUAUUUUCCAUGUAGAUGUUAGAUUGUAAAUUUAUGUCAUGUGCAAGCAAGUGACUUCAGAUCAUGUCACAUACCAUGAAGAAGCAAAAUGCCUCUUUUUCUCCAGCUGCUAACAUUGUGUAAUGUAUUUGUAGACUUGUGUAGUUUUACACAUCAACUCUAUUUCCUUCUUAUUAACUCCAAAAGCCUUGCUGGUCAAGGCUGCAGCAGCAGGCCAACAUUUCUUAAUAUUUCCCAUAAAUGCUGAAAGCAUUAAUUUUAAGAAUUGGGAGUGAGAGAAAAGAUAUUCUUACAGUCAGCGUACAUUUAAGCUGGGAGGGGUGGGCAACCUCCAUAAACCUCUGUCUAGUGUAGUGAACCAUUACUGAGGUCACACUGUUUCAAUAUCUUUUUUUUUUUUUUUUUUUUUUUGCGCUUCUUUAUGAUUUUGGGAAACAGACCCAACUUCCUAUUGAAGUUGCGGGCAACAUAAAAACUUUUUUUUUCUAUCACAAAGUCUUUAUGACCAGCUUAUCAGGUCUGUUAUUGCUGUUUUGAUGUGGCCAUUGUACUUGUUUAAUAUUUAAUCUGCUUAAAUAUAAUAGAAACUACUCUUCCUUCUAUUCAUAGCUUUGUCUGUGUCUGUUCCUUUUGUUCAAUAGUUUCACACUCGUGCUAAGCAUGUAAAUUUCCAACUGUGUCCCUUGGCUGUAGUGUAAAUAUGUGAAAAUUAUAAUAAACUAUAAGCGAUUUA